AUGGAUCCAACGGGCCCUUCUGAGAGCAUUUAUAACCUCAUACCCAGUGACUGGAAGGAGCCUCCACAGCCUCCUAGGUAUGUAUCGAUUUUUAAAGCAACUGUAAAAGAUGACAUGCAAAAAUUUAAAACUGCAAUGAAAACUAUGGGACCAGCAAAACUUGAAGUACCUUCUCCAAAGGAUUUCCUGAAGAAACAUUCAAAGGAAAAAAUUCUACCACCCAAAAAAAAGUUUGAAUGGAAUGAGCGCAGAAAGCCACCUGUGCCAUUGAGGACUGAGCAUCCAGUCAUGGGAAUACAGAGUGAAAAAAAUUUUAUAAAUACAAAUGCAGCUGAUGUCAUUAUGGGAGUGGCUAAAAAGCCUAAACCAAUUUAUGUUGACAAAAGAACUGGAGACAAGCAUGACCUUGAAACUUCAGGGCUGGUUCCGAAGUACAUCAAUAAAAAGGAUUACGGUGUCACACCUGAAUAUAUAUGUAAGCGAAAUGAGGAAGUGAAGAAAGCCCAAGAAGAAUACGAUAACUAUAUCCAGGAAAACCUCAGGAAAGCAGCUAUGAAAAGGCUAUCUGAUGAAGAAAGGGAAGCGGUUCUGCAGGGGCUGAAAAAGAACUGGGAAGAGGUGCAUAAGGAGUUUCAGUCCCUCUCUGUCUUCAUUGACUCCAUACCAAAGAAGAUUCGCAAGCAGAAGCUGGAGGAAGAGAUGAAGCAGCUGGAGCACGACAUUGGUGUCCUCGAAAAGCACAAAGUCAUUUAUAUUGCUAAUAAGAAAUAG